AUGUAUACGAAUACAGGCAGCAACACAUUAUCAACGAAGCAGAAAUCAAAUGGUCUAGUGAAGAAAACUGAAGCUCUUAGGCUGGACAGCAACGCCACUGCUCCAUCAUCACAACCAAAGAUCAAGAGCAAAGGCUUGGACGUGCCUAAGCUGUGGGAGGAUGGGAAAGCACGACGGAAACCAUCAGCAGCUUUUGUGGUCAUUGGUCAUGUCGAUCAUGGCAAGAGUACACUCAUGGGUAGAUUACUGCUCGAUACGGGAGCUGUAGCGCAACGUGAUAUUGAUAAGUAUCAGAAACAAGCUACUGAGCUCGGCAAAUCAUCUUUCGCUCUGGCAUGGGUAAUGGACACCGGCACGGAAGAGCGCGAACGUGGUGUCACGUUCGACUUUGCGCAACAUCACUUCAGCACUGAAAGCACAGACUUCACGAUUCUCGACGCACCCGGACAUCGAGACUUCGUUCCGAAUAUGAUUGGUGGUGCCUCGAUAGCUGAUAUGGCGGUGCUUGUGGUGGACGCGAAUCAGCUCGAGUCGGGGAUGAAGGGGCAGACGAAGGAGCAUAUACUUCUGGCGAAAGCUGUGGGCCUCGACAGGAUCAUCGUUGCUGUGAACAAGCUCGAUUCGACAAUGCCUACGUGGAGUCGGGAAGCGUUCGAGAAAGUACAGCUGGCUGUGACGAAGUUACUGCGGGAGUCCGGCUUCAGGGAGGAGAAGAUCACUUUCGUGCCGUGCAGCGGCUUGAGUGGGCAGAACGUUGCGAAUAGCCCGAGUGGUAGAGAAGUAAACUGGAUUGCGCAAGCGAAGCUCCCUACGCUACUGCAGGCUCUCGAAACGUCGUCUGGGGCCGAGACGACACAGGACGAUAUGCGUAAACCUCUGCGCAUGCAAGUCGUCGACUUGUUCCGAGGUAGCAUCACGAACCCGCUUUCUGUCUCUGGCCGGAUUUCAUCAGGCAGCGUACAGAUCGGAGAUUCCGUCACUUUCCAGCCAGCCGGCGAGAUCGCGACAGUCAAAGCGAUAGAGGUAUCCGACGAGCCGAAUGACUACGCGGUUGCUGGUCAAAUUUGUACACUACAUCUCCAGGACAUCGAGGCACAGCACAUCAAGCCUGGCGACGUAUUAUGUAAUAUCUCGUUGCCCGUCACUGUGGUCAAAGACCUGACGAUGCUUGUGGGCGUGGUCGACGCUCUGCUCCCACAACCAGUUGACGUUCAUAUCGGACGCCUUCACGUCCCAGGCGUCAUCAGACAGUUCAUUGAGACGGUGGAUCAGAGAGGAGAACGGUUGAAGAAGAAGCCUAGGUUGCUGAAAGAAGGCCAACGAGCUCGGAUCAAGGUGAAGCUGGAAAAUGGCGCUCCCAUCGAGUCAGGCGAGCGUGUCGUGUUGCGUAGCGGCGGAGUGACUGCUGCGUACGGAGUGGUAGUAGAGUGA